CGGGUUUCUGGGUUUGGCUUUGUUGAUCGCCACUUGAACUUGGCCAAUGGAUGUCGCUACGACUCGGCACGUGGUGGCGGCAACUCCGCAAUUGCCAUAGCUUUUGCGGAGAGUGUUCAACCAUCCAACAACAGGAACCAUGGUAAAUAUCCGCAACCUGCAUGCUUAUGCACUGUGCUCUACCACUGAGCAAUUCUCGGAACCAUGACGUGCGGGCGCGUCGUAAUUGCAGCGUGCCAAUUGGUCAAUGAACCAUAAGAGAUGCUGUUGAUGAUGACGACGGUGUUCUUGGAAAGCUGCAUUUUACAAGAAGAAUGAAAAGAAGAGUUUCAGGGGUACGUCGAAUAUAUAGUCUGUCAUAUCUUUCAAAAUUCAGAAUUGGAUUCCCUUUUUUUUGCUACUUUACUCCUUUCUUGCCUGAGGAGAAGUCUACUUUUUCUUUGUUGCAAUUUGAUGUGUUGAGCGCUGUCAUUUUCUGCCACGAUGCUCUACCUAUUGAGCACCCUCACGCUGGCUGCGGCUGCGUCGGCAUCAUUCGUUGGAAAUUUGAAUUACCGGAGCCCUUCUUUGCAUCAUCCUGAGCUUGGAGUGUCACUCCGAAAGGUGCACAAGCGCAACAACGCUGCCAGCGGUUUCAGUCCCUCUCAACUUAAUUUUACCCACGGGGUUGCAUCUGGUGAUCCGUACCCCGACUCUAUUAUUCUAUGGACCCGCAUUGCCCCAACUAGUGAUAAUGAUCGAUCAAAUAUUACCGUUUCUGGCGCUGUUCCCAUGUACAAUCAUGACACGGAGGAAUAUGUUUCAGUCUCCACAGCCCCAAUCUGUGUCAACUACAAAGUCGCUUCAGACAAAGCUCUGUCCUCUGUAGUCUCUACCGGCACUGCGUGGACGAGUUCGGACAUUGACUACACUGUCAAGGUUGAAGCUGACAAGCUUGCGCCGUUCACCACCUACUACUACCAAUUCAACGUAUGCAAUUCAAACAAUACCAGUCCCAUUGGUCGAGCAAAGACCACACCUGCGGCAGAUGACACUGUUAGCUCAAUUGGCCUCGCAGUGUACUCUUGCAGUAACUUUCCCUACGGCUACUUUAACGCGUACGGCAACCCCGUGCGCAAGGACUCUGUCGAUUAUGUCGUGCACCUUGGCGACUACAUUUACGAGAGCAAAGGCAGCUACGGAGCACCAAUUGGUCGCCUUCCUCUGCCAGACAAGGAGAUUUACUCUCUCUAUGACUACCGGAAGAGAAUCGCCACGUACCGGACAGAUCUCGACUUGUUGGCUUCUGCAGCGAGCUUCUCAUGGAUUUCUGUCUGGGAUGACCACGAAGUUGCGGAUAAUACAUGGCGUGACAGCUCUUCGCGCCUCAAUAACACUGAGCAAUCGUUUGUCAUGGACGGUGGCGUCAGCGUCGAGCAGCGCAAGAUGAAUGCCGUUCGUGCGUACUUUGAAUGGAUGCCAAUUCGACAAGUCGAAAUGGACGACAAUUUGCGCAUCUGGCGUAACUUUUCCAUUGGGUCUCUGCUCGACCUGAUUAUGCUGGAUACGCGGCAGUAUGACCGGUCCAUUACUGAUCUGUACUGGAAUACGGACUAUGUGCACCAGAUCUCCAAUGACGCUGGACGUACUCUAAUGGGUUCCCGACAAGAAAAUUGGUUCUACAACCAGCUCUCUGCGUCUGCUGCACGCAAGGCUGCUUGGCGCGUCAUUGGCAACCAGAUUGUCUUCUCCCGCAUGAACGAGUCCGUGGCAUACGGGAAUGAGAACCCCCUCGACUACGACGCCUGGGACGGAUACCAGGCCAGCCGUAACCGGACGUUGCAGCACCUGUAUACUCAGAACAUUAGCAACACUGUCUUUUUGUCCGGAGACAGUCACAUGUCAUGGGUGUCCGACCUCGUGUGGCUCGACGAGCACCCGUACGACCCCGUCACCGGGGCGGGCUCAAUCGGCGUCGAAUUCGCCGGAACCGCAGUGACUUCCCCGUGCCCGUACGGCCAGAACAUUGCCCUCGACAAGGCCAACAACGCCAGCCGUGCCCUUGUCCAAGCUAACCGCGAACUGCAAUGGCAGGAUGUGUAUUACCGGGGCUACUUUGAACUGCACAUUUCCUACUCCAACAUCAGCGCCUCAUUCUUUGGCAUGCCCAACAUCACGCACCGCAACCCGCUGGAAAUCCCACUGGCCUCAUUCAGCGUGCAGUCUGGCGAGAACAGACUGUCUCGUCCCGUCGCGGGCGGGAGCGUCGAGAGCGGCGCGCUCAAGUACGGACAGACCGUGCAGACGAAUGUGACUGUGGAUACCAGUGCCGCUCGCUCUGGGAAUAAUUCUCGUCUUGCUCUGUGAUCAUGUCUAUUUAUCCAGUCUGUGAGAGUCUGAGAGAGAGAGAGAGAGGUGGGGAAAGAGAGGCGCAGGGGGCGGGAGGAGUAGAAGGUAGGGAGGAGGGAGACAUAUAAUCUAUCAAUACUUUACUCAUCAACUAUAUCAAUCUACCUGGUAUAUACAGAC